UGAGGGGCCCUCUGCACUUUCCGCUCUUACUUUGGAGCACCUAGUUCCCUACCAGCACCCAGCUGCCUUCCAGGGUCCCGGUCUCUCGUCUCCCAGCCUAUCACCAUGACUUCCUACAGCUACCGCCAGUCGUCCUCCACCUCCACCCUGGGGCUGGGGAGCAGCAACCCCUUGCGCUUUGGAAGUGGGGCUGUGUUCCGGGCACCCAGCAUCCACGGAGGCUCGGGAGGCCUGGGCGUGUCCGUGUCCCGCUUCGCCUCCUCGGGCCUGAGUGGGAGCUAUGGGGGCAGCAGCAGCAGCAGUUUCAGCUUGGGCUUUGGGGGAGCCGACGGCCUCCUGUCCGGCAAUGAGAAGAUCACCAUGCAGAACCUCAACGACCGCCUGGCCUCCUACCUGGACAAGGUGCGUGCCUUGGAGGAGGCCAACUCUGAUCUGGAGGUCAAGAUCCGGGACUGGUACCAGAAGCAGGGCCCUGGACCCGCCCGGGACUACAGCGCCUACAUGAAGACCAUUGAGGACCUCCGAGAUAAGAUUCUUGGUGCCACCAUUGAUAACUCCAAGAUUGUUCUGCAAAUUGACAAUGCUCGGCUGGCUGCGGAUGACUUCCGAACCAAGUUUGAGACCGAGCAGGCCCUGCGCCUCAGUGUGGAGGCUGACAUCAAUGGCCUGCGUAGGGUGCUAGAUGAGCUGACCCUGGCUAGAACUGACCUGGAAAUGCAGAUUGAAGGCCUGAAGGAGGAGCUGGCCUACCUCAAGAAGAAUCAUGAAGAGGAAAUGAGUGCGCUGAGUGGGCAAGUGGGUGGCCAGGUUAGCGUGGAGGUGGACUCAGCACCAGGCAUCGACUUGGCCAAGAUCCUGAAUGACAUGAGAAGCCAGUAUGAGGCCAUGGUUGAGAAGAACAGGAAUGAAGCCGAGGCUUGGUUCACCACUAAGACUGAGGAGCUGAACCGAGAAGUUGCCGUCCACACCGAACAGCUCCAGACCAGCAAGACCGAAGUCACCGACCUCCGACGGACCCUUCAGGGGCUAGAGAUCGAGCUGCAGUCUCAGCUCAGCAUGAAAGCUGCCCUUGAAGGUACACUGGCUGAAACAGAGGCCCGUUAUGGGGCCCAGCUGUCACAGAUACAGGCCCUUAUUGGUAACAUUGAGGCCCAGUUGACCGACAUCCGAGCGGACACAGAGCGCCAGAACCAGGAAUACCAUCUCCUCAUGGACAUCAAGAGUCGGCUGGAGCGGGAGAUCGCUACCUACCGAAGCCUACUGGAUGGCCAUGAUUCCCAUGAAAGUGUUGUAGUCACCAGCCCCAAAUCCACCUGAGCCUCAGGAGGCACCUGAGCAUGCAGAGUCCUGGUUACAGGGCCCUCUGCAUGGGGAGUGAAGGAGUAGCUGAGUGAGGGCUCCCACAGAAGAGGGUGUUUGGAUGGGAGAGGAUAGCACCCUGCAUGGAGUCCCAUGUCCUCUCUAA